AUGGUCUCGAACCUUCGCUCCGACACUGGAGCCGCCGGAUGCCAAAGCGCUCGAGAAAAGACUCCUAGCAAUCCUCCGAUGGCCGUGCCGAAGGCCCGCAGUGAGCGACAGAAAGUGAACAUCGCUGCCGAGCUGCACCUUGGAACCAAGAAAAGGCCAGCCACUCCCAGCGAAGAUGCGGUUUCCAUGCCACUUUCGAGUCGGCCAACUACCGGCUCGGUGCGUCGCUUUCCAAUCUCGGCCGCCGCCAACCUGGCGCCCGGCCUCAGUCUGUUUUGCAACCUUUUCCGGCAGCAUGCUGCAAUGCCGCGGUAUGCCGCACUGCUCUGUCAGGCGCUCACGAAGAAGCGCCUCAAAGAGCGUGGAAUGAUGUGA